ACAAAACGUAGCUCCCUCCCUCCCUCCCUCACUCAACUCUCUCCCCUCUCUUUCUCUCUCUAAAAACUCUUUUUUGUUCUUUUCCUUUUAGGCCCCCCUCUUGAAACACACACACUCUCUCUCUAUUCAAGCUUCUGGUAAUGGCGUCGACUAGGGAGGGACACUACAGAGGAGUGAGAAAGAGGCCGUGGGGACGUUACGCAGCGGAGAUAAGAGACCCGUGGAAGAAAACUAGGGUUUGGUUGGGAACGUUCGACACGCCGGAAGAGGCUGCUCUGGCCUACGACGGAGCGGCGAGGUCACUCAGAGGUGCAAAGGCCAAGACCAACUUUCCGGCGCCAGAUACCGGUUUAUCGCUCGAUCUCAACCUCCCGUCGGACCACCACCGGUGGACCUCGCCGUCCGGCCGUCUCGUCAUCGGGGACUUCCUCCAGACCGGUGUGCUCAACGGUGCCAGCUCGAAUGGUGGCCCGUCGAUUGCGAACGACCGCCGUGCGUCAGUUCCCGGCGACGUCGCCCCGCCUGAGAGUUCCUCCACUGAGGCGGCGGCGUAUUUUGGAAUUGUGAGACGUGGGUUGCCGGUAGAUUUGAACGAGCCUCCACCUUUGUGGCUGUGAACCAGAUCGCGCACUCAUUUCCAUUAAACGGCAUCGUUUCUUCCCUAACAUCCCUGUUUUUCCUAUGUAUCGUAUGAAAUGUUUAGAGAGAGAGAAGCGUCUGAUAUGAAAAUCACUACAAAGAUAUAUCGUAUGUAUGUAUAUGUUCAUUUUCCAGUUUCCUUA